CAAGCUUGAAUGUUUAUCUCUAUUUGCUCUAUACGCUGUUUUUGCCUGGUUUUUGCCUUUAAUUAGUGAUAGAACCUACCAAAAAUAAUUUUUAUUAUGAACGGUCAGAUAAGAUGAAUGUAAAAAAUAGUUCCUGAUACUUCACAACAUUAAUAAAACCCCUGAAAGAUUAUUUAUUGAAGUCUACAAAAAUGAAGUCGUUUUGUGUGCUUCUGCUGUUUAUAUUUAUAUAUCGGGCUAGUUGUGAUGAUUUUAAAGAAGAAAUAUUCAUCAAGCCACUCCCACCGAGUCAUCUUUAUGUAAACUUUAACUUUAUUACAACAUUAAAUGGAGAUUCCUUUGAACAUACUUACUAUGCACCAAGAUCUCUGGGAGAAGUUAUGACUAGACAUAAUGUAGAAGAACUUCAUUUGACUUUAACAGAAGGACAAUGGAGGCACAACCAGUGGGGCUAUCCUAUAGCUGAUGCGGCGCCUGGAGCUGAAUUGUAUGCAUGGUUUAAUCCUAGUGUGGAAGAUAUUGAUGUCCAAUGGGCCAAAUUAAGCUCAACAUUGUCUGGUCUUUUUUGUGCAUCGUUGAAUUUUAUACAAUACGCUAAUACUAUUACACCACGCAUGGCAAUGUGGCCUUCGGGAGCUGUUGACAGUAAGCGGAAUAUAACAUCACACCUAAGAUAUUCAUCACUGCCAAGAGAAAUAGUAUGCACUGAAAACUUGACCCCAUGGAAGAAACUGUUACCCUGUGAAUCUAGUCAUGGAUUUUCCUCUCUACUUAAUUCUAGAAUGAUACACAAUACCAAUUAUCACUCCAUAGGAGUUCACAUGAGGAAGAUAUGCCUAGAUAAUGGUUGCUCUCAGGUGGGAAUUGAAAUAAAGCAAACAGUUGCACUUGUGUAUGAUUUCAAAAUAAUUAAUACAAUGGAUUGGUCCUUAAGGAAAUUGUUUGGUCAAGGGUUACCGGGAGGAUGUCCUCUCGCAACAUCCAGCAAAAUUUAUAUUGAUACAAGUUCAGACAGUGCUUACCCUUUUGCUUUGAAUCCAAUACCUGAUAGCACUGUGCUUUCGCAGAGAGGAGGGAGUGAAACCACACUUGCUAUAUACAAUAUCAAACCCAAUGGCACAAUGAUAAAUAUUGCAGCAAAGUAUGAGGCCAAGGAUAAGAUACUUGUUGGCAUUCCUCCUCCACUGACUUUUACCCGCCAUGUUCUUGGUUAUGGUAAAGAGUUUGGUGGUAUAGUUACAGAGAUAACUAACAAUUACUGGGCACCUAUCAACAUUGUGCUACUAGAGAAUGCUCCAUGGUGGCUACCGUUACAGCUGAGUUCUUUGAGAAUAAAUGGAGAAGCAGAGAGUAAAGUUAUUCUGUCUCAAUACUACUCGCCAGGAAGGAGUAGACAGAGACCUUAUCACUUGGAACUGCUCCUUAAAUUACCACCCAAGACAACAACAACAAUCAGCAUUGAUUUUGAAUUUGUGUUUUUGAAAUGGCAAGAAUAUCCACCUGAUGCUAAUCAUGGGUUCUAUAUUGGCUCUGCUUUGAUUUCUGCCAAUUUACCUACUGCUAGAAACUACACCAGUCUCCCAGUUUCGGGAAUCACUUAUGAUUCUACUUUUAAUGCAUCAAGGCCUUGGUAUCCCAUAGUGCUUAGAACAAAUGGUGCAAUGGUGUCUCUUCCCACACCAGACUUCAGUAUGCCCUACAAUGUGAUAUGUCUUGCAUGCACUGUAGUUGCUUUAGCAUUUGGACCUCUACACAACAUUUGCACGAAGCGACUCAUUUUGAAGACCUUGGAAAGUGAGCCGACAUUGAAACAGAGGAUACUAAAAUUCUUCAAAAAGAAAAAAGACUAUAAAUAUGUUUCUUGUUCACGGUGCAAAUACAAACUAUCAUUACAAUAUAAACCACUACAAAAAAUAGCUGGAGCUGAGAGAAUAGAUUUUCUUGAUUUUCUUUGUAGUCACUGUAAAAAUGAGAUUCUUCGAAAAGAUGAAAAAUAUAUCAUUGAUGCGCCAAAGCAUGUUGUCUCACAAAGCAACAGCAUCAAAACUACACCCAGCGGAGCUAAAUUUCCUCCAGUUACGCAGUAUGAACGAGAUGAUAACUAUCUAAUUUCCACACAUUCACCUAAGAAAUUUACAAAACCUAAAACGAGCGUGCCAGGUGAUUCAAAAGAAUCAGUAGCAACAUAUGAUACUGUUGAAAUGCAAGAAGAAUUAAAAAGUACUUAUUCGAAAUUUAAGUUAAAAGAAAGUAGGAAAGAAGAUAUAUAUGCCCUAAACCAAAUUAGUGAUAACAAUGAAAAGCGAAUUGAAGUUACUUUAUCAGAAAAACAACAAGAAUACUUUCGCUUCUGGUUUCCGGAGAAAGACUUGGAUAAAAGUGUGCCAAUACGAUACCUCAAAAAUAAGAGUUCAACAGAAAUAUUAAGAGAUAUUUUCGAAAAAGAAAGCUUUAAUCUCGCUAAAACCACAGAAACACCCAAUAUUGGAGAAUUUAUAGGCGGCGCUAAUUGGUCAGCAAAAAUUGCAGAGAAAUAUGCUACUGAAAAUAAAUUAAAAUGCUUCGAUGCAAAAAGUUAUGAAACAUACGAGCAAAACAAAAAUGGGCAGUUUGAUACCUCAAACAUGAACGGAAAACAUAAAGCAGUAGAUAUUGCUAAAGCAAACGUGAAAACGAAAGAAAUGGACAAUACUAAGGAAACAGUAAGAACGAAAGAAGUGAAUAAUGCUAAAGAAAGUGUAAAAAACAAAAAUAAAACAUUAACUGAGAGAAAAUUAUCAAAGAAGCCAAGAAGCAUACAAAAUCACGAAAAAGCUCAGAAAAGUCCUGUAUCCCGAGAAAAGUCUGAAAUAACGAAAAAACGAAAAAAAGAAAAAGAUAAGAAACACACCGACGAUGAAGACGUUAGGUCUCGGAAAAGCGAAGAAGAUAAAAAGCACCAAAAAGAUACACAUCCGAAAGAAUCGUUCGAUAACGCAGAUACAAAUAGUUUAAAGGAAGAUACACGUAGUAUGGAAGAUUUAGAAGAAAACUAUGAUCAGGAAUUAAUUACAGAUAUUAAAUCUGAUGACGAUAAUAAAGAAAUAAAAGAUCAACAAAAUAACGGCGAAGGUGAAGUCGAUGAAUUGUUUACUGCGAGUAAAAAACUCGUGGAAAGUAAAAGUAAAAUAUCAAAAAAGUCUAAAGAACCUAAAGGAAAAGUAAGUAAUAUAGAUGUAAGAGACCCAAACAUUAGCAGUAAGACACAAAGUCUUUUAAAAGAUAUUAUUAAGCGACUUGAAGAAAAAGAGAAUAUAUCUCAUGACCUUAACCCUAAAGAUGUUAAAGUAAGUAAAAUAGAUGUACCAGAUAAGCGAGGUGUUAAGAAAGUGAAGAAACAAGUAAAAUUAAGUGAUAAGAUUAAAAUUAAGGAUAGCGAAUAUGACGCACUACAGGCUGAUCAAGAGCCACCUAAGGGGACAACAAGAUAUGCUUUGUCUAAUCAAAAUUAUAUUGAUAAAGGCUGGACAAAACUACCGACUGAAAAAACUGUUAGAAAGAUGAUUCGUUACAAAAUGAAGCAACCCCACCCUGAAUUUGAUUGGUUUAACCGUAACAAACACAAAAAACAAAUGUUUUACAACACCGGCGAAAAGCUAGCAGACUUUGAAGAUAGUGAGGGCGAUCAUUCAAUAGAAGGAGACGGAGCCCAUUCUAAGAAAGGUGAGAUAGUUUAUUCGAAGAAAGGAGAGGAUGAUCAUUCAAAGAAAGGAGUGGGAAAACAUUCAAAGUCGAAGAAAGGGGAGGUAGAUCAUUCAAAGAUAGAGGAAGAAGAUCAUGCGAAGUCCAAGAAAGGGGAGGUAGGUCAUUCGAAGAAAGGGGAGGGAGAUCAUAUUUUGAAGAAAGGAGACGAAGACCAUUCGAAGAAACGGGAGGUAGGUCAUUUUAAGAAAAGAGAGGGAGAACAUUCGAAGAAAGUGGAAGGAGGUAAUUCGAAUAAAAUGGAAAGAGAUCAUUCGAAGAAAGAAGAGGGUGACCUCCCUUUAAAGAAAGGGGAGGGAGAUCAUUCGAAGAAAGGGGAAAAAGAUCAUUCGAAAAAAGAGAAAGGAGGUCACUCGGAGAAUGGGGAGGGAGAUAUAGCGAAGAAAAAAAACAAGUUAUAUUACCGAAACGGAAAAGUGGCGCUCGAACACUAUGUGCCUGAAGAAGAGAAUAAUGAAAAGCGCUUAGUAGUGUAUAGUAAAGGUGAGACGGAUCCAAGUGGUCGCCACAAGCCUUCAACCGUUUUGGCCACUUUUGACCACCUCGGCAAUGGAGUUGUCUACGACCACGACGGGAAUGUUCGGCUCAAGUACAAUCAAACUGAGGGUGUUUUGCUAGACAAAACUUUGGGACCAGUCACGCGUUGGAAGUGGCACACCUUGAAUGAUCCACCCGAACUGAAAGACGUCACGAACGAAACCACGCUCGAGCCCAAAGACAUGAAUAUAGCGAAACUGGGAAAGCCCAGCGAGGUAAGGAAAAUACAAGACAAAGAAAUACAAGCUAUAGCGAUGCAAAACUUUAUCAAAAGCAAGCAGAAGAAAUUCAAACCAUUCCCCAUAAAGAUGAAGGCAGUUAAAAUAAACGAAAACUUUUCUCUGAAAGUUGUCGACCAAGCCACGAUUUAUCUCAAUUUUAAGGAUCAAGAAGUUAACAUUCGGACGAAUGUUGGUUUAGUUUUGGAUCAGAAGGACAUAGUAGACACAGAACUGGCGGAUAUAGGGGACGUUACUAAUUCAGAUAGAGUUCCUAAAACUGCGAGUUUGGCCAUGUUACAGUCGCAACGAAGAUAUGUGCAGCGCCUUCAGCGACAACGAAAUGAAAGAAUGAAACUAUUGCGUUUAAAACAAUCCAGUAUUGACCGACUUUAUGUAGGAGUUUCGAGACCACGGCAUAAAGUUAUCAAAGUAAAGGUUGAUAAGGUGUGCCAAUGUAAUCUGCUUUGUGAAGAUUAUAUUAUAUUAUGA